AUGACCGGCAGUAGCAGCUUCCCGACGGCGCUGUCGGCGGCCCCGACCCCAGCGCCACCGCCACCGCCGCCACUGCCAACGACGACCACGUCACCACCGGACACUGUCGCGCCCCGCGGCUCGAGCUCGAGCAGUCCCGACAGCUCUGUCGACGGACACGAUGCGCGCCGGAGCGCCAGUAGCGCGAGCAACAGCCCCAUGCGGCGGCUGCCUCCAGUGCUACGCGCGCCUUCGCUCGCGGCCAGUGCAGCCAACGAGUGUCCCCCGACCACGUCGUCGGCCACGUCCGACAGUGCUCCGACCGUGACGCGGUCGCUCGGACAGACGUCGCCGAGCCAAGCGCAGGGCCCACCGAGUCAGAGUGCACUGGCCCCGUCGUCGCUGUCACUGUCGGCUCCGACGUCCGUGGUCAGUGCCAGUGCAGGUCGGGUCCUCCCUGGCGUCACGCGCCGUCACUUGUACCCGGCGUCGUCGCUCUCCAGUCCCUACAGUGGCAAUGGCAAUGCACCCGCAGCUGCGGUCGCGUCGCCCUCCACGCCAUUGCCGCUCCCGUACUUUGGCGCGUCCGAAGACGCUGGUCGUGGCACGACAAGAGUCACGUCGUCGUCGUCGUCGUACAAUCACCACAACCGCCUCUCGCCCGUGUCGUCGCCGGCCAUGACUGGCGAGUCCUGGGUACAGAACGCACCAGCGAGCACCAGCGUCGCCACUCGUGGCUUGAAGCGGCACUUGCCACAGCAGCAGCAGCAGUACAGCAGUCCACUGCGCAACGGGUACGAGUCCGCCAACAAGAUCGGAGGAGGAGGGCCAAGUGUCCGGAUGCUGCCACUGCAGCAGAAAGCUGCGAGUGCAGCCGGUACCACGUCGACGACCAUGUCUCGUCGUGCAUCGAGCAGCUUGAGUGGAACGGGCAUCCCUGUGAAGAGCAGCAUUGCUAGUGCUGGUGCUGGUGGUAGUAGCUCUAGUGCUACCGCAUCUCGUCUUCGCUCUUCGCAUGCACCGAAAUCGUAUGGCGAUCCGCCAAGUGAAGAUCCAAUGCAGUACGAGCCGCUCGGAGAAGCCCGUCAUCCGCGUAAUAGUACGCGCUACGAGACGUGGACGUCGAAGCAACUUCGUAAGAAGUGCUCGCACUUAAAACUGCGCGGCCUGAAGAACGUGAAGAAGCACGUGAUGGUCGAGGCACUGUAUCGAUACUAUCGGAAUCAGCGGCUAAAAGACAUGGCAAACGCUGCUAGUAUCGACAAGACCGUUGGUAGCACUAGUAGUGCAGCUCUGCAGCACAAACAGACCAUGUCACCACAGCAGCACCCGCAACGGAUGGAAGGGAGACGACCAUCUAGCAAUGGCGCAAGUUCGAUGUCGGGGUCACGUUCGGAUACGCCGUAUCGAUCACGGUAUGAGCAGCGUAGUGCUGGCCCGACGUCGCAGUCCCAAUAUGGCUCUUCACGUUCUCGGAGUUAUGUCAACUAUGGCAGUCAGAGUCCGUCCCCGCCGUCGAGUGGUGGCGAUAGUGGAGGCCCGCGAUCGCAGCGAGAUGACUCGCUUACUACGAGUCGACAGUACCUUGAUGAGGAAUUCAAAGGAGACCCGCAUCCGAAGGAAGUGCCUGUGACGUCAGAAGAUGUGAUCCGCCUCGUGGAUGUUGUGCUGUCGCCCGAUUUCGUUGACCGGUUGGCCGCAGAGCUGUCGCGUUGGCAGUUUUGGGUCGACAUUCGUGAAAUGUACAUUGCGCUGCUGAGCCGUCAGCAUCCACCCGGAUCCGCUGGUUCACGAGCAGAACGGAAUUCUGUUGGCACAGGCGGCAGCGCGACGAACUCGCGCAAUUUCAAGUGGAGCAGCAUGCAGCUGUGGGAGAUCUGGAAAGAGCUCACGUUUGCGUACACCAAGACGUGCUUUGAGUUUACAACUGCUGGUAUGAACAAGAGAGUGGACGACCGCGAGUACAUCAACUUUUGCGACGGCAGACCAGACGUGUACUACCUGCACCAGCGACUGCAUGCUCGGCCCGAUCUACUGCAUCUGAUCAAGUCAAACGAGUAUAUUGACGAGAACUGCACGACCGAAGCGUCCGAGUCGAUUGCACACGAGCAGCAACAAGCGCAUCAGAAUCAAGAGACGGGGCCCUUGAUCGGAUCCGGGACUCCGAUGUUGCGCAACCACAAGCGGUACAAACGGUCUGUCCCGACUGGACCGACUUCGGACGCGUAUAACAGUGCACGCGCUAUUGCUGCGUUCCGUGAUGGUACUGCAGGCGCUGAUGGCACCGGCGGCGCCGUCAGCAGAGAGAACAGCGGCGACAACGGAUGUGGCCAAGGCAGCGGUGAUUUACGUGGUCACUCACCGGAAGAGAAUAGCACGGAAAACUCUGAGACGACCGGGGAAGAAGGCAGCAGUAGCAACACGGCCAACUCGAACGCAAGUAACAGCUCGAUGGAUACGUCAAUGCGCGCUGCUUUGGCAGAGCAAAAGUACUUUGGUCUGCUGCUGCAGAAUUUCGAGGUGAUCUUUGAGUCUCUUCACAAUAAGAAGGUGCUGCUAGCAACUCUUCGCAAGGACAGCAAAGCGCCGGACCAGCUGAUUGCUGACUUGCACGAUGACAUUCACGUUUUGUCGGCACUGAAGAAAGAGUUUCGGAACAAACUGCGGCGGACGAUACAAUGA